AUGCUGGCGAAGCCGUCGGCUCGACACAGAGCAGCUGCACAGAGGGGAGGCGGCCUCUGCUUUACUUUUGUUUCAGCUCAGCAAAAUAGCCCCUCGUCUACGGGAUCUGUCAAUACAGAGCAUUCCUGCAGCUCCCAGAAACCUGUUUCCAUCCAACACAGACAGACCCAGUCUGACCUCACAUUAGAAAAAAUAUCUGCACUAGAAAACAGUAAGAAUUCUGACUUAGAGAAGAAGGAGGGAAGAAUAGAUGAUUUGUUAAGAGCCAACUGUGAUUUGAGGCGGCAGAUCGAUGAGCAGCAGAAGAUGCUAGAAAAAUACAAAGAGCGAUUAAAUCGGUGUGUAACAAUGAGCAAGAAACUCCUCAUUGAAAAGUCAAAACAAGAGAAGAUGGCAUGUAGAGAUAAGAGUAUGCAAGACCGCUUGAGACUGGGCCACUUCACCACCGUCCGACACGGGGCCUCUUUUACUGAACAGUGGACGGACGGUUAUGCUUUCCAGAACCUCAUCAAGCAACAGGAAAGGAUAAAUUCACAGAGGGAAGAGAUAGAAAGACAACGGAAAAUGUUAGCAAAGCGGAAACCUCCUGCCAUGGGACAGGCCCCUCCAGCAACCAACGAGCAGAAACAGCGAAAAAGCAAGACCAAUGGAGCCGAAAAUGAAACGUUAACAUUAGCAGAAUACCAUGAACAAGAAGAAAUUUUCAAACUCAGAUUAGGUCAUCUUAAAAAGGAAGAAGCGGAGAUCCAGGCGGAGCUGGAAAGGCUAGAAAGGGUUAGAAAUCUACAUAUCAGGGAACUAAAAAGAAUACAUAAUGAAGAUAAUUCACAAUUUAAAGACCAUCCAACGCUAAAUGACAGAUAUUUGUUGUUACAUCUUUUGGGUAGAGGAGGUUUCAGUGAAGUUUACAAGGCAUUUGAUCUAACAGAACAAAGAUACGUAGCUGUGAAAAUUCACCAGUUAAAUAAAAACUGGAGAGAUGAGAAAAAGGAGAAUUACCACAAGCAUGCAUGUAGGGAAUACCGGAUUCAUAAGGAACUGGAUCACCCCAGAAUAGUUAAGCUGUAUGAUUACUUUUCACUGGACACUGACUCGUUUUGUACAGUAUUGGAAUACUGUGAGGGCAAUGAUCUGGACUUCUACCUGAAACAGCACAAAUUAAUGUCAGAGAAAGAAGCCCGAUCCAUUAUCAUGCAGAUUGUGAAUGCUUUAAAGUACUUAAAUGAAAUAAAACCUCCCAUCAUACACUAUGACCUCAAACCAGGUAAUAUUCUUUUAGUAAAUGGUACAGCAUGUGGAGAGAUAAAAAUCACAGAUUUUGGUCUUUCCAAGAUCAUGGAUGAUGAUAGCUACAAUUCAGUGGACGGCAUGGAGCUAACAUCACAAGGUGCUGGUACUUACUGGUAUUUACCACCAGAGUGUUUUGUGGUUGGGAAAGAACCACCAAAAAUCUCCAAUAAAGUUGACGUCUGGUCAGUGGGGGUGAUCUUCUAUCAGUGUCUUUAUGGAAGGAAGCCCUUCGGCCAUAACCAGUCCCAGCAAGACAUCCUACAAGAAAAUACUAUCCUUAAAGCUACUGAGGUGCAGUUUCCGCCAAAGCCAGUAGUAACGCCCGAAGCAAAGGCGUUUAUUCGGCGAUGCUUGGCCUACCGAAAAGAGGAUCGCAUUGACGUCCAGCAGCUGGCCUGUGACCCCUAUUUGCUGCCUCACAUUCGGAAGUCGGUCUCCACAAGUAGCCCUGCUGGAGCUGCUAUUGCGUCAACGUCUGGGGCAACCAAUAACAGUUCUUCGAAUUGAGUCCAACUCCGGGGCUGUGCACAGACUGUUCCGCGCACACAGUGGACAAUUGGCAUUCAGCGGCGGGUUUGGAACAUAGCGAAUCCGAAUGGAUCUCAUGAAACCUGUACCAGGUGCUUUUAUUUUCUUGCUUUUUUUUCCCAUCCAUAGAGCAUGACAGCAUUGAUUCUCAUUGAGGAGAAACCUUGGGCAGCUCUGGCCAGGCCUCAUAGGCAAAGGCCCCUGCCCAGGGCGCCAGCGUCAAUGGCCACUAUGAGUGGCUGCUCUGAGUGAGGAAAAAAACGAAAAGGAAAACUGGUUCCAUGUACUGUGAACAUGAACACACGCAGACUCAGGGGGUCCCUGACGCAGUGCUUCAGUGAAGAAUGUGGACUUGAAAUACAGACUGGGCUAGUCCAGUGUCUAUAUUUAAAAUUGUUCUUUUCCUUUAAUAAAGUUUAGGUGACAUCUCCUGAAAAGCUGGUAGCACAAAGUUUCAUCUGGGGAUGGUGUUUGACUGUGGAGGAAAAAAAAAAGUUGCUAUUGCCCGUUAAAGGCACUAGAGUUAGUGUUUUAUCCCCUAAAUAAUUUUCAUUUUUAAAAACAUGCAGCUUCCCUCCCCCCUGGGUUGUUUUUUUUUUUUUUUUUUCUUUUUGGAAAGAUACAUUUGGUCCUAAAGUGAAAACCAUCUUAGCAAGUACCUGGCAACGUUCAUUCCAAUCAGACGCAUCCUUCUCCUCUGUCUGGUCUCCUGUUGCAGUUGCUUUCCUUGACUCCGGAGGGUUAGGGUUAAGUGGGCAGACUGAGAUGUGUGGGGGAGGUCAGAAGACUGCAGCGUGGCGUCUCUCUGGGUUUUCAAUGAUUUCUUCAUAAUUUGAACACUUGACGGUUGUCCCUUUUAAUUUAUUUGAAGUGCUAUUUUUUUAAAUAAAGGUUCAUCUGUCCAUGCA